CUCAGUCUAAUUCGAAACAUCGUUUGCUAUAGAACCAUAUAAGCGUUAAAUAUAAGUGAAGAUUAAAAAAAAUUUUAUUUUAUACAUUUUUAAGUUUUAAUAAAUAAAUGUUGGAAAAUAUGAAAGAAAUAUCGGUGCUCUUAGGUCCAACACCUCAACAAUAUGAAAUUAUUUGUAAAGAAUUAAAUGAAGAUAGUGAUCGGUUUAAGAUUAAUAUUAAUUUAUUAUCGGAAUGGUUACGGUUUCAACCUCAUCUACCUCAAAAUUAUGAUCAUGAAUUAUUGCCAAUAUUCUUACGUGGAUGUAAAAAUGAUUUGGAACGUGCGAAAAAAAAAUUGGAUAAUUUUUUUACAGCACGAACAACGGUAACAGAAUUUUUUGCCGAUAGAGAUCCACUUUCAAAUGAAAUCCAGUUAGCAUCACAAUCAUUCCAAAUAGCAACAAUACCAAAGUUAUCCCCAUCGGGACAUCGAGUUUCCUUCCAUAAAUUCACCGAUGUAGAUGCUUCGCUGUUUGUAACGAAAGAUGUAUUUCGAUAUAUUCUUAUGACAGCCGAUUUAAGAAUGUUAGAAGAAAAAGCAAUUGCUGGUGAUAUAUUUGUAUUCGAUGUUAAGCAUAUGGGUGCAGGACAUUGUACGCGAUUAGCACAACCUGUGUUAUUAUCCAAAAUGUUAUCGCUCGUACAACAAGCGUAUCCGCAACGAUUAGCACAAAUUCAUUUAAUUAAUACACCAAAUAAUAUUCAUACGUUAGUUACCCUUUUUAAGAGUUGUAUGAAAGAAAAAAUGCGUAAUCGGUUUAAUUUACAUAAAGAAGGUUUUGAUCUCGAAGAAAUCCUACCAAAAGAUUGUAUACCAAAAGAUUAUGGUGGUAAUUUACCUUCAAUGCAAACAUUACAUGAUAUUGGUCAUAAAAAAAUAACAGAUAAUCGUGACUGGUUUUUAAAACAGAAUAAUAUUAAAGCGGAUAAUAAAAAACGUAUUGAACAAAAUAAUAAUCAUUCAUUAUUUAAUUCUGAUUCAAUUUAUGGUACAGAAGGUGCUUUUCGAAAACUGAAUAUUGAUUAA